AUGUCUGUUCAAUUAGAUAGUCUUGUUUCAUCUUUAGUGGACUCAGCACCUCCAGGUGAAUUGAAUGGUGUACAAAAGGACUUGGCUGCCAUCUUACCUGGUCAAGAAAGACUCAUCAAUUCAUCCAUUGAAUCGUUCAUCGAAUCAAAAGGUGGACUUUUCGGUGGUUAUGUUGCGUCAAGUCUCAACAAAUUAUCAGGAUCAACCAAGUUUGUGGAUUAUGUCCACAAAAAGCUUUUUAACAUUGAUUUGAAAAAUCAACAAGCCAUUGAUAUUGAAUCCUACGAACCUGAAGAAACUUAUCCUUCGUACUACGAUGAGUUGGUGGAAUUGUUAAAACAAUACGGUAAGGAUCAUUAUCCUUCGACCUACGGGUUCACGGUGAUUCCUAAAAAUGAUGAGGUGGUGGUGAUCAUUGUUGGUCAGAAAUUGAACACGGAAAAUUACUAUACGGGGCAAUGGAACUCGGUGUAUCGCAUUAAGAAUGGUACCAUCACCGGAGACGUGGCGGUGGACAUUCAUUACUAUGAAGAUGGAAAUGUUAGAUUGAACUUCAAUGAGACCUUGAAGGAUUCAGUGACAGCUGGUGGUAGAAAUAUCGUCAAUUUCAUCAAUAACUCCGAAAACCAGUUGACCUUGAAGAUCGUUGACAGCUUCAAUGACUUGAACGUGAAGUAUUUCAAGAAUUUAAGGAGACUUUUGCCUAUUACUAGGGCCAAGAUCAAUUGGGGGAACGCUAUUGGGAACUAUAGGUUAGGAUCUGACGUGGUUAACCAGAAAUAG